AUGGCGUUGCUUCUCUUGUCCGGUGUCGCAAGCGCCUAUCCCAGUUGCAACCACCUCAUUCUCUGGUGCACGUCGCUCUACUUUGUCGUCACGGAGCUCGAAGAGAUGGCCUCGUCGGGCACCACAGUGUACUGGUCGUCGCGCGUCAACCAGGCGCAGCUGCUCACCAACCUCGCCGUCUUGCUCGUGUUUGUACCCAUGAAGUUUGGUCUUCUUCCAGCACCGUGGGCUGUGCAGACGGGCGUCGGCGGCGCCAUCACGAUCGGUCUUUGGAUGCUCUCGCUUCAGUUUCUCGAAGUCGUGCCAGCCGCCGGCUACCUCCUCCCGAUGAUGUCCAAGCUGCUCGACGACGUCCGGAACUUCUUCAUCUUCUUUGGCGUCGUCCAAAUGGGUCUCACGAUCACGUUCUACCAGCUCUUCCGCGACCAGGACGUCGACGCGUUCAACACCCUUGGGUCGUCGUUUGUGACCACGUACUUUGUUGCGUUCGGCCAGCUGCCUCUGGACGCGCUCGGCGCGUUUGACGCGACCGAUGGGUUCCUGUCUAAUUGCACGCUGCUGCUGAUGAUGCUGCACUCGGCGGUGGUGUGCAUUCUGCUGCUCAACGUCCUACUCGCCAUGAUGAACCAGACGGUCGACGGCGGUCUCGAGAAGGCCAAGACCGAGGCGCUCAUGAGCUACGCUCAGUGCAUCCUGCGUUUAGAGCAGUCGAUGCACCUCGACGCCGACGCAACGCAAGAGCUCUUGCAUCUGAUCGACAGCAAGACCCACGCGCGCGUCCUCAACCCGAUCUUCUCCGAGGUCGUCUCGAACCUCGACAUCUCGCUGCGACCCGAGCACGAAGCGUCGAUUCGGCAGGACAAUACGCGCAAGCAACUGUAUAAGACGACGCUGACGACGGUUCAAGCUGCAAUCGCCGAGCACAUUGACGACGUCACGACCAAGUUGCGCCGCGUGGAGCAUUUCAGCACAGAUCCCAACAUUCUCCGUGGGUUUCAACCCGAGCUGGAGGCUAUUGCGGUCGCCGAAGAGGCACUCACGAGCUUGUUUGCUGAGGCCGACAAGCACCGUGGCGACGACGCGCUGGCCAAGCUCGAAGCGCUCGCGACCAGUAUUCGCGAUGUCAUCAAGACGCUGUGUACGAAGAUUGACAAACUGUGGAGUGAUGAGACCACCACGCGGAAGAUGGCGGUGAACGCCCGCACCGAAUGCGUCAUCUUAUUCAGGCUUGUUGCGGCGGCGACCGCGGACGAGCUGGUGCAGAUCAUGGCCGCACAAAUCAACGAGGCGCUCGACCGCUUUCUCGACCGCUGUUUCACCAAGGUCCAGCGCCCACAAUCAAGUGUCGCGAAGAACACGGAUGACGCAAGCGGGAUACAGCGGGCCGAGUUGCAAGCUCAAUUUGCCGCGCUCGAGACGAAGCUUAACGAGCAAAACCAGGCGCUGGUGCGGCAGCUUACGACAGCACUCGAGCAGCUCGGCCGCGCACCCGAGUCGCCGAUCCGCACGCAGUCUUUUCCUGCUCUGGACCCGCGCGAGCGUAAACGUAGCAGCGUCCAUGCCGAGCACGAUUCGCUCUAG